AUGGCUUUGGCUUAUCCGGUGGCGCGCUUUUCGCUGCGUCGCUUGGUGCAAAUGGGGGGCGGAGACCCCGCCUCCCGAGGCGUAGGGAGGGCCGCGCCGUUCGCCUCGCCGGAGGAGGCCGGAGGGCCAGUCGCGUUCGCCGACGCGGAGCCAGCGCGCGUUGUGCGCGCGAAACGUCGCAAAGCGCGCCUCGAAACUAAACCCCAC